CAUUAUGUUCUACCAGCCAAAUUCAGUAACAGAUGUCACUUCCCCUUCACCAGAAGAAGACCUCGAACGUCCUUAUCCUAUCCCUGGGAUUGUUGUUUUCAACAUUGGAAAGACCGAGCGUAAACGAUUGGACACCGGUCCAGAAUGGGAGGCAGUCAGGCCAUAUCAUCAGCUUCGUUCAAGGAGUGUCGGUGUCGGCAGGGGCACAAAUCGUGAUUGACACAGAUGACGAGGAUUGGGCAAAUUUUGUUGAAGCUCGGCAUGGAAGCUCAUGGAAGACUCGUAACGUGAUCAUUUACAUUCUGGAUAUGCGCAUAUUGUUGAACGGCUUUGAAUUUGAGGACACGUCUAGAUAUGUGCCUUGAAUUGCCAUUGAGGUGAACAUGUAUCCCUGCUACAACAGCCAUGCAAGUGCCCACAUCGUGAGUGUUCGAAAUAAGAAAGGUGAUUUGUAAGCGCU